AUGGAAUCAUCAACAAAUGUUUGCGCUUUUACUGCUGGUGCCGUGAUUGGUGCAUUGCUCUCAGGGCCCGUCUGGAGACUUUUUGACAGCCGACUGGGCAUGGAAUUUUCCGAUACUGUUUUGAUCGGCGGUCUGAGUAUCGUUACUUUACCAGUCACAUCGACGGAGUUGAUGGUCGCCAGUAGAUUAUUACUCGGAAUCUGUUCAGGCGCUAUGUCCGCUAUCGUACCCGCAUACGUGGGCGAAAUUUCGCACCCAAAGUUCCGAGGCGGAAUGGGCAUACUGUUCUAUGCGAUCAUGGUAAUGGGUGUCGUGAUAUCCGACGUGUUUGGCCCAUUCAAACAAUAUGAUAGUCAUCAACCUUUCAGCAUGCCGUUCAACGUGUAUUGCAGCUUGUUCGUUAAAUUACACUCGAUUGGAUUGUGUUUUGUUCCUAAACUGCCGUACUCAACGUCAAACAAUUUUUUCGAACCAAACCAUAGCAACGACGAAAGUCUAAGCACAAUAAAUUUGUUAGGUGAACCCUUUAGGAUGGACGUAUUGCACUCAAUGUUUUACGAUUACCGCAACACAUACCAACAAAGCUCAUGGCAUAUAUUGGACGCAUUUAGUUGCCGUGCGGAUCGCAAAGCACUGUUGAUCGGUGUCGGAUGUAUGUUCUUCCAUCAAAUGUGUGGUAUAAAUGUAAUGAUAUCGUACAUGUUUCCUGUAAUGAAAAUGGCUGACAUUGACGUGGACCCUAAAAUGGUAUUUAUCGCAAUAGGAAUCGUUCAAGUAAAGUCGUACGGAAUAAGCUUUGCAACAGCUAUAAACUGGCUACUAGCCUUAGCAAGUGCUUACUUUCCAUACGAAAUGAACAAGUUUUUCGCAAUCGAACAUGUCUUCUUGUUUCACAUUGUGUUAUGCCUUUGUGGUGCAUUAUUUAUGUGGCGGUUUGUACCAGAGACAAAACAAUUUAGCUUAAUAGAUGUUCAGAGGCAAUUAGACAUCGAUUAUGAACAUAUAUAUUACAUACCUGCAGUAUAA